AUGGCACCCAAAGCACCUCAUGGCGGCAAUCCUCUCCACUUCAAGUGGACUGCAGACGAAUUGACCGCUCACACCGACGCACUGAUCUCAAGGGCUCGUGCAGUAUAUGACAAGGUCGCUGCCGUUCCUCACGAUGAAGCCACAUUCGCCAACGUUAUGGGUCCAUUAGCCGAGAUGGAAGCAUGGAUGGACACAAAGAGUUCGAAUGUUACGUUCUUGCAGUACGUCUCGACCGAUAAGGCCCUGCGCGACGUCUCCAUGGAGGCGAACAAGAAGUUGGAUGAGUUUGGAAUUGAGGCAUCGAUGCGCGAGGACGUGUAUAAGGCGGUCCAAGCUGUUUCUGCAAAAAAAGAGAAGCUUGAUGAUGAGAGCGCAAGAUUGUUGGAGCAUGCCGAGCGUGACUUCAGGAGGAACGGUCUCGCUCUUCCGAAGGAGAAGAGGGACAAGCUUGCGAAGUUGAAGCAGAGGCUUGCCAAUAUCUGCACGGAUUUCUCGAACAACCUCAAUGCGGACAAAUCUGAAUGUCUCUUCACGAAGGAGGAAUUGGAGGGACUUCCGGAAGACUUCUUUGAGGGACGGGAGGAGAGGGAAGUGGAUGGCGUCAAGAAGUACGUUGUAACGAUGAAGUAUCCUGACCUGAUCCCCGCACUUCGUCUGGCAAAGGUCGAGGCUACACGCAAGGCUUUGGACAUUACCAACGGCUCCAGAUGUAAGGAGAACGUCGCUCUUCUCGAGGAGGCCUUGCAGCUUCGCGAUCAGAUUGCCAGGAUGAUGGGAUACCCCACCCACUCCGCCUACCGUCUCGAGACCAGAAUGGCCAAGAACGUGGAGACCGUUGAGCCCUUCCUCCGUUCCCUCCGCGAGAAGCUUGCUCCAUAUGGCAAGAAGGAGUUGGAGGCACUCAUCAGGCUCAAGGGACAGGACCAGGCCAACAGUGAUGGUAAGAUCAACGCCUGGGACUUCGGCUACUACACCCGCAAGCAGCUUGAGGAGGAAUAUGCCGUGAACGAUGAGAAGAUCAAGGAAUACUUCCCCUUGCAGGUUGUUACCGAGAGAAUGUUAGCAUUGUACGAGAAGGUCCUCGGGCUUAAGAUCAAGCAGGUCAGCGGCGAGACAUGGCAUGAGGAUGUUACAUGUUACGAGGUCACUGAUGAUAAGGAUGGCUCGUUUGUUGGUACCUUCUACCUCGACUUGCACCCGCGUGAUGCCAAGUACACUCAUGCUGCAGUCUUCCCUCUUGUUCCGGGAUACCUGAAGUCUGAUGGCGAGCGCGAUUACCCCGUCUGCGCCAUGGUUGCCAACUUCAGCAAGCCUACGCCCACAAAGCCUUCCUUGUUGAAGCACAACGAAGUUGUCACCUUCUUCCACGAGCUCGGUCACGUCUUCCACGGUAUUUGCUCGCAGACAAAGUACGCUGCGUUCCACGGUACCCGUGUCGAGCGCGACUUUGUCGAAGCUCCUUCCCAGAUGCUCGAAAACUGGUGCUGGGAGCCUGAGGUGUUGAAGAACCUGUCCUCGCACUACCAAAGACCUGAUGAGCCUUUGCCGGCGGCGUUGAUCCAGAGUAUGGUCAAGGCUAGGAACGUGAAUGCCGCGCUCAUGAACUUGAGACAGUUGUUCUUUGGUACCUUUGACUUGAAGAUCCAUACCGCACCGGAAGGCAAGGUCGACACUACUGCCUUGUGGAAUGAGCUUCGUGAGUCUGUUACUCUCGUACCCGGUACCCCGGGAACCUUCCCCGCUGCUACAUUCGGACACAUCAUGGGUGGAUACGACUCGUCCUACUACGGUUACCUUUGGUCAGAAGUCUACUCUGCGGACAUGUUCAUGAAUCGCUUCGCGAAGGAAGGCGUUGAGAACCCCAACACCGGCAGGAGUUACCGUGAGGAGAUUUUGGUGCCCGGAGGAAGCAAGGAUGGAGCGGACAUGUUGAAGAGGUUCUUAGGAAGAGAACCCGAUGAUGCUGCGUUCAUGAAGUUGCUUGGACUUGCACAGUAG